GCAUACUGUAUUAGUUUAUAUGUCAGCGGGCCAAUCUAUAGAGCAUCACUGCUUAUUAUGCCUGCCAUCUGCUACAUAAUUCAUUGUCUAUAUUCCUAUAGUUGUGUUUGUUGAUCGGUGCGAUCGUAACUUCUUGGCGUUGCUCCGUUGAUCACUGUUUAUCGUGACAGACUAGGAACAGCUUAAUCCUGGAGCUAUGGACCUUAUAACCAUCAACGUUCGGGGCACUGUUUUCAUGACGGACGCUUCCAAUAUUCGGAAUAUUCUCCUUACCUCCCCACUUCUCAAUCUCAAUGAACAAUCUAAGUACUAUAACGCCGAAAGACAGGAGUAUUUUUUCGACAGAAAUGCGUCUGUGUUUGAAUCAGUUUUGGAUUAUUUUGUCACCAACAAGCUUCACGUGCCGACGACCGUUUGCGCAGGACGUGUACGAGAUGAGUUAGCGUUCUGGGGUAUACCUGGCAAACACAUUGAGAAAUGUUGCUGGAAGACGUUCUUUCAAUCGACGGAGGACAUGAACACCAUCCAACAGUUGCUAAAAUACAUCCCAUGUGUCCAGCGGCGUGACCGAUGCUGUAGCUGGACAUCCAUACCAAAGCUGACACAGGCGUCCAGUUUGAGAUCCCGGAUGUGGAAAUUUCUUCACGACUUCAAUUCUUCGACGUCGGCAAAGGUGUUCCACGCACUAGUCUGUCUGACCAUCAUUCUGUCCACUGUCCUCUUGCUGUUACAAACAGUCAGUGCAGUGCGCUUCGACAACCCGGAACCGGCCACAUUUGAAAACCACACUUCCAAGGCGCUACGUAUGUAUUGGAAUACGACACCGCAUUUGUCAAUCAUCUGUUUGGAAGCGAUCACAAAUGCGUUUUUGACCAUUGAUUGGAUAUUAAGAUUUAUCACGUGCCCGAACCGGAUGUUCUUUAUGAAGCAUUUCCUUAACGUUACAGACCUAGUGGCAUGGGUGGGAACUUGGAUGUCAUUCAGUGUCAUUACGGAACCCAAUGCAUUCUUUUCUCACGAUCAUACGAUGGCAAUCGUCAUGCCAGUGUGUCUCCUCACGGCAAUUCGCGGGUUUCGUGUGUUUCGGUUAAUAUCCAAUAAUUGUGGUGUAAAGAUCCUGAUGCUGGCCGUUGUCACGAGCACGCGCGAGCUGUGCAUCCUUCUGAUGACGUUCUCCUGUGCCGCUAUUGUCUUUGCUGUCCUGUUGUACAGUGCUCAGCUACCGUGCGACUCCCCUACGUCCCCUCCCAAUGCGCUCUUCGCCAUCUGGUGGGCAGUUAUCACCAUGACGACGGUCGGAUACGGAGACUACUACCCAACAGAACCGCUAGGACAUGUAAUUGGGGUGGUAUGUGCAAUCACUGGAAUCGUUCUUAUUGCACUUCCGGUUGCUGUGACAUCAUCGACAUUUAAUGACUUUUAUAGUUUCAGUAAAUACAGAGCUUGCUAUCAGGAGCUACUUGACCAAGAUGAUAAGUGUGGCAACGAACAGAAAACCAGAAUCAGCACUGAACUCGUACCUCCGAGGUAAAACGGAAGUUAAGAUUAAAGUGGUUUAUUUUAACUCCAUAAUCACUUAAUAAUGUUGAAUAGGUUGCUUGCUUUCAAUGUAUUUUGAUAAUUAUAUAUAAUUCGCUUUUUUAUGAAUCAACACCAAUAAUUCUUUUAUGUUUUUACUACUUUGUAAUUUAUGACCGAUACCUUUAUAUCUAACGUAAUUGUAAGCCUAUAGACACGAAGGGAUCUUACUGUCGUUAUGGAGUUGGUAUAGCCACAUUUCCAUGAUGGAGGACACAGCGAAUUGUGCUGCAUGACUGGCUAUGAUAAAAGUUUCAUAAUAAACUUAGUUUCCCAAUACGUAGAUAUGCGUUAUACAGCCAGCUCAUCAAAACUUUCUGAUCACAGUUACCUGCAUUAACGUAGGUCUAUUUUAUCUAGGCUGGAACGCAUUCCUCGGAUACUUUUUGACAUGGACAAGGUAGCUUUGAUAUUGAUUUGACAUGAUGUAUCAUUGUUUUGAGUAUUUUGUAUUGAUAUUGUCUUUGCCGUAUAUAUCAUUAUGUAUUAUUAAAUGUCACCAAAUUAAAAUACUAU